AUGUACUGGACCCUCCACUUCAUAGUGACCCGUCUCCCUGACUCUCUCAGCUCGGUCAGGGACCACUUUCUCGCUCGCUGUCCCACCGAGCUCACUGUCGACCUCCUAGAGGAGCACCUCAUUGCUGCAGAGAAGAGCAUUGUCGCUGUAGGUGCUGCUCGUGGCGCUCCUCGCACCCCCAUCUUUGAGGGGUGCUCUCCCUCUCCCCUCGCCCCCUCCUUCGCUACUGCUGCUACUGUUGACUUCCUUGGUGCUGAGUCUGUUGGUGCUGCUUCUGCUCCUAGUGGGAGGCGCUGCAGCGGCAAGGGCAAGGGAGCCAAGGGGAGCGGAGGUGGCACCGGGGGUUGUGGUGGUGGAGGCGGUGGAGGAGGAGGAGGAGGUGGCGGAGGGAGUGGUGGCGGGAGUGCUGGGGGGAGUGGUAGUGUCGGUAGCGGCGGUGGAGGCGGUGGCGGCGGAGGGAGUGGCGGCGGCGGUGGCGGUGGCGGCGGCGGUGGCAGCGGCAGUGGCGGUAGGGGUGGCGGUGGCGGCGGCGGUGGCGGUCGGGGUGGAGGCGCUGGCGCUGGCCAGAGACAGCAGCAGCAGCAGCAGCAGCAGCGUCCCCGUACAUCCCAGCAGCUUCGUGAGUGGCUUGCUCAGCAUGGGACGUCUGGGAGUAGUGGUCACUGCCCGUAUGUCAUUCGCACAGGUGACCGCAAGGGUCAGACAUGCGGGAAGUUUCACACCCAGCACCGCUGCUUCUCCCGCCUUGACGACGCCUGGCGUGAGGAGAUGGGCGAGGAGGUUGAGCGCCCUCGCUGGCAUGAGCUGCUUAGGGCUGGUGUAGACAUCUUUGCUCUUGACUAUGAUGCUAUUAUUGCUGCCAUGUAUGCAUUGGAGGUUAGUGCUGACGGUAACUGUUACUUGUGUGUGCCGCCUGACCCAGGUAUAGAGGCUGCUGCCCUAGGUGCUAGCGAGUCUGAUCUCUCAGGUACUGCGCAUGCUGAGGUGUUACGCAAUUAA